AUUUCAUGAAAGUUAACUUGAGCAGUAUGCUGGUAUGCAAGGCAUUUGCAGCGUCAUCAAGGGAUAUUAUUAUGUCAUAUGCUUGUUUCAUGACGGCAUUUGUGUAUGACGUCACUUUGAUUUAUAUUGGUACUGAAGUGAAAUGUUUAAUCCAGCUGCUCUGAGACUCUACAAAGACCAGGAGGCAAACAAGAAAAAAUUGACAAAGAAAACAACAAGAAAUGAUAUACCAGUUGGUAGUACAGCUCUUGUACAAUCAGAUCUUCAUACAGUGAUGAAGCAGCAGAGAGGCCACGGAGAAUGGAAUUUUGAAAUGACAAAGUUUAUCGGGAAAAAGGGCAAUGUAGUGGACAAUCUUCCAGGAGGCGAUGUGAACGUCAAAUUUAAUUCAUUCGAAAUUUACCGAAUGAACAGACAUAGUUUGUACUUCGGUGAGAGAAAGCGAAACCGCAGUGGAACUAAACCGUCGAACAAUUUGUUUGUGGCUGGCGACAUUGUGCGUCUAAAAAUUCGCCCAGAUGAUCUAUAUAGCCACCUUCAGCUUCUUCGAAUACCAGCUCAGUUUAUUACGAUUGUAGGAGAUCUUGCCGAGUUUGUUGGCUACAUUGAUGAAGUGAGAUGCGUUGUUAAGUUCGGAGAUGGCGUACAAUUUGAAAUGGAUGUUCAGUUAGUGGAGAAGGUUCUAGAGGAUGCUGCAGUAGUUGGCAACGAUUUGAAAGUCAAAGAUCAAGCUAUUGGGGUGGGCAAGGAUGUUGUGCUGUCUGUAGGUCCAGAAAGUUUCGUGAAAACCUGUCUUAAAGAUUUCAAACCUGGAUUUGAAAAGGCCUUAACUGAAGUCGCAAAGGUUGUUGGAUACGAUGAGAAUGGCAAUGCAGUGAUUAAGUACUCUGAUGGUAAAAUGUACAAGCUUCCUGAUGAGUAUCUAUGCAGUCCGAGACCUCAGUGGGCUCGACCAAAAGAGGGAGAAGUUAGAAUAUUUGAUUGGAAUCUUGAAACUAAAAAUUUGUCUCCAUUGGUUCCAAGCAUUAUAUCAGCAUUUGAAACAGACAUUCUUCACUCCGUCACAGAGGUUCUGAAAGCAAACGGAGAAACAGAUGCCUUGAAUUGGAAAAGUAAUGUUGCAAAGGAUACCACAUCUGAGAAUACAAGCGUCUUAGAUUUGACAUUUCCCGUCGAACUUGAAGAUUUUGACAAGUUUAAAGAGGAACUAAUGAGUAAACUCAAACAUGAUGAAAUCCAUUCCCAGAUGGAAAAUGAAGUACUUGUGAUAAAAUCAAAUGACCAAUUGUAUAAGGUUCGUUUCAUGUUUGGAUCUGAAGUAAAUGAUGCAGGAGAUUUGUCAAAUAUAGACGGGAAUGAGUCAGGAAAGGGCAAAUCUCAACCAACUCCCGCUGUGUUUGGAAGAUCACUAUCUGUGACUGAAACGAUUUCUGAAUCUGAACCAGCGGCGAAUCUGGCAACACCAUUUGGUCCAGCCUCGAACACCGGCAUUCACAGCAUUCAAAUACCAGCAGGAGUGACCCAAGUGGUGCUGCAACUGGGUGGGGUUGGCCAAUUACCGGCAGCCCUUCCAGCUGCGGCCCCAGUUCAGGAGGCACGUCAAGGAAGCUUAUCCAUAAGUCCUGCUAAUUCAACAGUGAUUAACAUGUACGGCGACGGUGAAAACAAAGUCUACAUAGAUAAGAGCUAUAUCCGCUCUGUUAACGCAUAGAUCGAAGUGUAUAGUUUUUAUCAUUGGCCUGUAAUCAAGAUAAAAAGGAAUUAAAUUGGAGCAUUUUUUAAGUGAUAAUUUUUAAUGAACUUGCGCGCUAUGCGCUUUCCCCUUGUGACUCUGUUUUUUUAAUCUAUGAUUUAAUUUUUGGUUAAUUCGUGAAAAUUUUUCAAUAUUUAUUG